ACUAAAUAGGUCCCGAGUCGGGAUUUUCUUUUCAAACGCGCGAGGCGUCCUCUUUCCUUCCUCUGUCAUGGCCUCACAGGAGCAACCUUCUUAUCCUCUCGGUCAGGUUAUGGAAUCUCUGACCACUGACCGAGAGGUCCGCCCAGCUCCUUGAUGAGAAGAAAGCGGUGACACUUGGGUGGAUGCAGUCCCCAGCCAAUCGAACCGAGAACUCCCUCGCUUUCUGGCGAAAGGGGCGGAGUUCCCAUUGGUCUUUCAUCUUCGAAGGAAGCCAAGCUUCCAAAAAGCGGGCCUCCCCGGAUUGGCCAAUAGCUACCCCUUCGCCCGACUUGCGGGCGUUCGCACGGGGAUCGGGGAGGUGGCAUACACUUGCCAAUCAGAGCAGGCCAGGGCUGGCCGACGGCGGACGGCGACCAAUAGACGGGGCCGGCCAGAGCGCGCUCCCUUAGUAGGUGGAUGGUGGUCGAAGCGCCGGCUGCUUGCUCGCCGUCGCCAUUUUGUGCUGGUGAUCGCGGCCGGCCGGGAGUAGGCGGCAGUGGGUUUCCCGGGGAAGGCUGCGCGCCUGGCGCUUCUCCCCUCCCCCCUCCUCCGCCCUUCCGCCUCCGGCCUCGGACUUAGUCGUUGCGCGCUCCGGCUCCGGCUGAGCUGGGAGAGUUGGAGGAGGUGGCGGCGGGCCGAGGUGAUGUCCGGGAGCCCUCCCUUGACAGCCCGGGCCGAGAAGGUGAGCGUCGACGCUGGUCGUGGGGGCGGAGAGUCCCUGCAGGAGGCAUCACCCAGGCUGGCAGAUCAUGGUGGCAGCAGCGGGGGUGGCUGGGAAGUGAAACGGAGCCAACGGCUGAGGAGGGGCCCCAGCAGCCCUCGCAGGCCCUAUCAGGACAUGGAGUAUGAAAGACGAGGGGGUCGUGGAGACAGGACUGGCCGUUACGGAGCCGCCGACCGUGCACAGGAUGAUGGUGGGGAGAACCGCAGUCGAGAUCACGACUACCGGGACAUGGACUACCGCUCGUACCCCCGCGAGUACGGCGGCCAGGAGGGCAAGCACGAUUACGACGACUCGUCCGAAGAGCAGAGUGCAGAGGAUUCCUACGAGGCCUCCCCGGGCUCCGAGACUCAGCGUAGGCGGCGGCGGCGGCACAGGCACAGCCCCACCGGCCCACCAGGCUUCCCCCGAGACGGCGACUAUCGGGACCAGGACUAUCGGACCGAGCAAGGGGAGGAGGAGGAGGAGGAUGAGGAGGAGGAGGAGGAGGAGAAGGCCAGUAACAUCGUCAUGCUGAGGAUGCUGCCACAGGCAGCCACUGAGGAUGACAUCCGUGGUCAGCUGCAGUCCCACGGCGUCCAAGCACGGGAGGUCCGGCUGAUGCGGAACAAAUCCUCAGGUCAGAGCCGGGGCUUCGCCUUCGUCGAGUUUAGUCACUUGCAGGACGCUACACGAUGGAUGGAAGCCAAUCAGCACUCCCUCAACAUCCUGGGCCAGAAGGUUUCCAUGCACUACAGCGACCCCAAGCCCAAGAUCAAUGAGGACUGGCUGUGUAAUAAGUGUGGCGUCCAGAACUUCAAACGCCGCGAGAAGUGCUUCAAAUGUGGCGUGCCCAAGUCAGAGGCGGAGCAGAAGCUGCCCCUGGGUGCAAGGCUGGAUCAGCAGACACUGCCGCUGGGUGGGCGGGAGCUCAGCCAGGGCCUGCUCCCUCUGCCACAGCCCUACCAGGCCCAGGGAGUGCUGGCCUCCCAGGCCCUGUCACAGGGCUCAGAGCCAAGCUCAGAGAACGCCAACGACACCAUCAUUUUGCGCAACCUGAACCCACACAGCACCAUGGACUCCAUCCUGGGGGCCCUGGCACCCUACGCAGUGCUGUCCUCCUCCAACGUACGCGUCAUCAAGGACAAGCAGACCCAACUGAACCGUGGCUUCGCCUUCAUCCAGCUCUCCACCAUCGUGGAGGCAGCCCAGCUGCUGCAGAUCCUGCAGGCCCUGCACCCGCCGCUCACCAUCGACGGCAAGACCAUCAAUGUUGAAUUUGCCAAGGGUUCUAAGAGGGACAUGGCCUCCAACGAAGGCAGUCGCAUCAAUGCUGCCUCAGUGGCCAGCACUGCCAUUGCUGCGGCCCAGUGGGCCAUCUCGCAGGCCUCCCAGGGUGGGGAGGGUGCCUGGGCCACCCCUGAGGAGCCACCGGUCGACUACAGCUACUACCAACAGGAUGAGGGCUAUGGCGGCAGCCAGGGCACAGAGUCCUCCCUCUAUGCCCAUGGCUACCUCAAGGGCGCCAAGGGCCCUGGCAUCCCUGGAACCAAAGGCGACCCAGCCGGAGCAGGUCCCGAGGGCUCCCUGGAGUCUGGGGCAGACUCUGUGUCACUGCAGGCUUUCUCCCGCACCCAGCCUGGUGCCAACGCUGGCAUCUACCAGCAGUCAGCAGCUGAGGCCAGUGGCAGCCAGGGCGCUGCUGCCAACAGCCAGCCAUACACCAUCAUGUCACCUGCUGUGCUCAAAUCUGAGCUCCAGAGCCCUACCCAUCCCAGCUCUUCCAUGCCACCAGCCACCAGCCCCACUGCCCAGGAAUCCUACAGCCAGUACCCUGUUCCUGACGUCUCCACCUACCAGUACGAUGAGACAUCUGGCUACUACUAUGACCCCCAGACCGGCCUCUACUAUGACCCCAACUCUCAGUACUACUACAACGCUCAGAGCCAGCAGUACCUGUACUGGGAUGGAGAGAGGCGGACCUACGUUCCUGCCUUGGAGCAGUCGGCCGAUGGGCAUAAGGAGACGGGGGCGCCCUCAAAGGAAGGCAAAGAGAAGAAGGAAAAGCACAAGACCAAGACGGCUCAGCAGAUUGCCAAAGACAUGGAACGCUGGGCCCGCAGCCUCAACAAGCAAAAAGAAAACUUCAAAAACAGUUUCCAGCCCAUCAGCUCCCUACGAGACGACGAAAGGCGGGAGUCAGCCACCGCGGAUGCAGGCUAUGCCAUCCUCGAGAAGAAGGGAGCACUAGCCGAGAGACAGCACACCAGCAUGGACCUCCCGAAGCUGGCCAGUGACGACCGCCCCAGCCCACCGCGGGGGCUGGUGGCAGCCUACAGCGGGGAGAGUGACAGUGAGGAGGAGCAGGAGCGCGGGGGCCCAGAGCGGGAGGAGAAGCUCACUGACUGGCAGAAGCUGGCUUGUCUGCUCUGCCGGCGCCAGUUCCCCAGCAAGGAGGCGCUCAUCCGGCACCAGCAGCUCUCUGGGCUCCACAAGCAAAACCUUGAGAUUCACCGGCGAGCCCACCUGUCAGAAAAUGAGCUGGAAGCACUUGAAAAGAAUGACAUGGAGCAAAUGAAGUACCGGGACCGCGCGGCUGAACGCAGAGAGAAGUACGGCAUCCCUGAGCCCCCGGAGCCCAAGAGGAGGAAGUACAGCGGCAUGUCGGCGGCCUCCGUGGACUUUGAGCAGCCCACGCGAGACGGGCUGGGCAGUGACAACAUUGGCAGUCGCAUGCUCCAGGCCAUGGGCUGGAAAGAGGGCAGUGGCCUGGGCCGCAAGAAACAGGGCAUUGUGACUCCCAUCGAGGCCCAGACACGGGUGCGGGGCUCUGGUCUGGGUGCCCGAGGCAGCUCCUAUGGGGUCACUUCAACCGAGUCCUACAAGGAGACGCUGCACAAGACAAUGGUGACCCGCUUCAACGAGGCCCAGUGAGCAGCCGCAAGACCUACUUAACUCAUGUCAGGUGUCCAGCCUGGGGCAGGGGAGGAUGAAGUUUGAGUGGGGCCAUGCACCUGUCUACCAGCCCUACUCCCCUGCUGCAGAGGCCCUGACCAAGUCAGACUUAGAGCUGGUGACUUUUGUUGGAAAACUAGGCUGGAGUUAUGUCCUCCGUUUUGUAAUAAAAGCUGAAAAGUC